UGUUCAGUCGAGUUCAGUCGGUCUAGCCUCGCCUUGCAGACGUGGUGGCUCAGUUGUCGAUCCGUGAUUGUUUAUCCGUUCCGCACGUGACUGGAUAAAUAUAGCACAUCGAAAGACUUCAGUUGUACGUUUUCUUGGUGCAAAUCGAGUUAUCGGCUGGUAAUAUAAAAACUGGGUGUUGUUCUUUCACGUGAGCCAGUGUUUAGAUGCCCAUAGCCUUAGUAGCUUCUCGGGAAGCCUGUAGACCUACCUAACCUAAAAGGAGGUGACAGGCGACCUUUUUUAGACUCCCGCACCGAGCUGAUUUUCUUAGUUUUGGCCUACCACCUUAAUGGUGUGUUUUGUUUUUGGGGAAAAUGGCAGUUCCUUUAGAGGUUUGUGUAUUGUUUACAUUUUUUGUUACUUUGUCACAGUCCAUAACUUCAGGUGAUUGGUCCCCUAGCGGUAGUGUGUCUUCUACUUUUCCGCACCACUCUCACGAGGACGAUUCAGAGACCUACUACACCACCGCGUAUAUAAAUGUCACGUUUGUGGACCCAAUUUCCGGGCGCACCGUCCGCGAGAAGACGGAGAUCGGCAAGUUCGGGGAAUCGCACAUCGGGUUCUCCUCCGGAGUCCUGGUUCACGUUCGGUCCGGGGCUGAUAACUCUGGAUGCUCCCUUCCCUUCAAGAGCUCCAGUGGAUCAGGCGAGCUCCCGAAGGAACCAUGGAUCGCCCUAGUCAAGCGAGGCGGAUGCAAUUUCCAAGUGAAAGUGGAUAACGCCUACUCCAGCAACGCUUCUGGAGUCAUCGUCUACAACGAUCGGGACUCCACUGAACUGGAGAAGAUGAAGUUGACAUUAAAAGUGAAAAAGCGGCCGCUGGGUGCAGUGUUCACCUACAAGUGGAAGGGCGAGCAGCUCGCAGCGCUGGCAGACAAUGGCACGCGCGUGCUGACAGAAGUCACGGUAGCACAUCACUGCAGCAUGCGCAAUUCCAUCAACAGGUUAGUUGAAAUCGAUGGAGUGGUGAGGUACAAGGCAGGUCCCUUGAUGGAGGCAUUAUGCGGGAACACUAUGCCGUACGCUGAGUGUGCACUAUUGACCUCUGUUCUGUUUGUUAGUAUCUCAUUUGUGGUUCUUCUCCUGAUUUCACUUUCCUGGCUCAUCUUUUACUACGUGCAGAGAUUCCGCUACAUUCAUGCUAAGGACCGGUUAUCGGCUUCAACAUCCCCUCAGGAAUCUCCUGCUUCAAACUUCACUAUUAUUAGUUUUGCAAGAAUUGAUAGGAGACUGUGCAGUGCUGCCAAGAAAGCUCUGUCCAAGAUCCCAACUAAACAUAUCAAGUUGGGAGACAAGGAGGUGCAGGGAGAUGGAGAAUGCUGUGCCAUCUGUAUAGAACCCUACAGAACAUCAGAAGUAGUCAGGAUACUUCCUUGCAGACAUGAAUUCCACCGAGGUUGUAUAGACCCUUGGCUUGUGGAGCACCGAACUUGUCCUAUGUGCAAGAUGGACAUCCUCAAGCAUUAUGGCUUUGUAGAUUGCGCCCAGUUCACAGGCAGCCAGGAGAGUAUCCUGCACAUGGACAUAGAGGAAGUUGUGAGCGAGUCAGAGAGUCUACAUCACCACGUGGCACCACGCAGUCGAAGCCUUAGUCCUGCACCACGUUCCACUUCUCAGUUUCAGAUUGGAACUGGCUUUGUACAGCAAGUUGACGACCAGCUGAGUCGAGCUCCUUCACCUGAUGAAAUGACACCUUCUCUCCCUCAGGCAGUUGGUCGACCAGAGACUGUAACUGGCUGCUCUGAGCUGUUGUCAGUGAUGCCAAUCUCGCCUCUGCGCCGUUCUCUCAGUCUCGACAACUGUAGCCAGUAGCUGGCAGUCUCUCUACACGCCUCUUAUUGCUAGUCAACACUUCUCUUUACUUGUACAUAUCUCACCUUAUUUUUAAGUAUAAUUUAAACAAUAUUAUUAGUACCUUAAGUUAAGUGGUAAUCGUGUUCCAUCCAAUUUGCCUAAGCAAUGCCUUCUUAAAUGCAAAUCACAGAAAACAGCAAAUGUUGACUUAAACUCUAUGUUUACAAUUUUAAUAUUGUAAAAAUGUUGCUGCAUUUUAAUGAAAUUGCUUUAAGGUGUUUUGUUGAAAUAAACUUAAGUAAGGUUUUUAUACUUAUAGAUAAAAUGUGUACAUAAUUUUAAUUGUAAUGAUUGAAAAAAAUAGCUUCACAAAAUAUUAUACAUGACAAUGUAAAAACAAAAUUUCAUGUUAAAUGAAAUAAACAAAAUAUUUAAAUUUUGGACUUUAGUCUGAAAUGAUUCAGCCAAAGAAUAGGAAAUGCACCUUAAAAUGAAUUGUGUUCUGUCAAGUUAGUUAUACAAUAUAAAAUGCCACAUAUUACAUCAUAAUUAAUACAUUGACUAUGAUUGAUGCAACAAACAAGUAUUAUGGUUGUCCACAGUAAGGUACAUGUCUCGUACUGCAGUGAAAGUGUAAACAUUAUAUUAUAUUACUAGAUAUAUCAGAGUUUAACACAUUCACUGUAGUGAAUGCAAUUAGCAAGUAUUAGGGUUAUCUUCAGGACGGUUCAUGUCUUGUGCCACAGUAAGGGUGUUGAUAAAUGUAAAACUUAGUUAUAAUUAAAGACAGUUAUUAGAUAACUGAGUUGUACAUAACUCAGUCAUUAUACCAAUUUUGUAUGCUUCAUUUUUAAAGCAGUUUAACCAUAGUUUCUUUUUUAAUAACUUUCAUAUCAAGCUAUCAGAAUAUUUUUGAUGUGUUGGUUAUUAUGAAAAAAAGCCAUUUGUAUUAUUUCUAUGCCAACUGAAUAUGGCAGUUCUCUGAUAUUACUGUAUCAAUUAAAAUUUUUGUACUGUUGAAAUAUAUUAUGAGAUGAAUGUUUUAAAUUAUAUUUUACAUGCUUUUAAAUGUUGUAAAUACUAAAUAAAUUAAAAUAUACAUAGUAGUAUAUAAAAUAUUCUGUCCAUAUACUGUUUCAACAAUGUGAUCGUAAAUUACCAUGUUUGGUUUGUAAUAACUUGAACAUGUUUCUUAGAUAGGAAUAAAAAAAGUUGUCUGAAGAUGGAAAGAUAAAUUGAGAUACAGGCAGCAAUAAGAUUUCAUUGUACACACCACACCGCUUUAAAUCUCAUUCAACCCUUAUAGGGUUUGAGGCAUUCAUGUUACCUUCAGAGCAUAUAUAUAUAUAUAUAUAUAUAUAUAUAUGCACGUAUCUAUCUCCUUCCUAAGCAUUUAAUAUCACAUGAUACGAAUAAUAGACAGGGAGAGAGUUUGCCUCAUUUGAUUUUUUAAAUUGCUACAUUUUUAUCAUUUCUUUCUUUCCACCAUAUAUAAUUUUCUAAAAUGUUAUUAAAAACAUUCACCACAUAACAUAUUUCAAUAGUACACAGUUGAAGUUGGUAUGGUAAUGGUAAAUUUUGCCCUAAAUAUAGUCUUUAGCAUGAUUCGGAAUGUGUGUUCUCUAAUUUGACAGUUUUCAAUGUGUCAUUUACAUAAUUUGAUAGGCAGUAUUCGAUUUAAAAAAGAAUAAAUGUAUGGUAAUUCACUGAUAUUUUUUUCUUCACACCUCUAUAUAACUUACAUGCAGUUUUUAAUCAAAUAUUUUUACUGUAACAAUUUGAAUGUAAUAAAUUACAAGUUUGUAUGUUUACACCAGUUCUGAUAGUUACUCAGCUGUUUAAGGUCAUGUUUACAAACAAAUCUUAUAAAAAUAGUAUUAAUAUAACUCUCAAUGCAUUAAGAGAAUUAUUUUAUUCUUAUAAAUCAAGACAGUUUUACUUAAAUGCAUCAAGUUUUACAGUGAGAAACUAGUUGUCUCAAUAUGUUUCUCUCAACUUUCAAAAGUAAAAAAUAUUCUUAUGGAAACUGUUUCAAACACUAUCAUCCUAGGAUUGUAACAGAAAGAUAGGGUUACCUCACAGUGAAUCAUCUUGUAUAUAAAAUAGUCAACUAGUGGCCAAAACUAUAAAUUAAUCCAAUGAAUAUGGGUAUAGAAAUUUGGCACCAAGAGGAAAAAAUAAAUGUUUCAAAGUGGCUUAUUGUACCUGAAUAAUGCAUAAUGUCUGUUAUUUCUUUCAAGAAUAAUUUAAUUUAAACAUAAAUAUUCUUUAAAAAAAUGUUAUUUGUGAUUGUUAUAGGAAAGAGGAUGAUAUAAUAUAAGUUGGUACAUGAGUCAUUGAAUAAAGAUUCAUAUUUUACUAUAUGGAAUACAUCUUUUACUUUAAAGAACAUAAUAAUUCUUGGAAAUAAUUGAAAAUAAUGUUUGUUCCCUUCAAAUUUAUUUAUGAAUUAAGAGUAAUUGAUAAAAUAAAUUCUUAAUACGGUCUGUACAGUAAGUUUUUAAUACAUAGUCUUCUAAUGCAUUUUUUUCUAUACAUUUUCUUAGCUUACCUCUACAUGCAUUGAACAUAAAAUGAAAAAAUGGAACUAUGAGAAAACUUUAAGCUUAAAACUGAAUGAGGUAUACAAGAGUUGUACUAUUGACAUUAAAAAUUUGUAAAGUAAACGAGGUCAUGCCACCACAAACAAUUUUGUUUUAGAUCCCAUAAAAAAUUAAAGAUCUAUUGAUUCACUUAAUUGUUUAUGGAACAAUAAUAUAUAUUAAUUAUAGGCUUAUCUGUUGUUUUAAGUAAAUGUGUUGACCAGUCCUGAUCAUUUGUGUACUUGUGAUUAAAGUUGUUACUAACUAAGCCGUGACCACAGGUCACUCUAUGAUUGUAGAACCAGGGUGAAAAUAUCACUGGUGAUUGACCUUGACUCCAUUAUAAUUAUAUAUCUUAUCUUAAGUGUGAAAGAACAAACAUGGAAUGUUAAUUCAAACCACAGGUAAACAUAAUUAUUUACAAUUGUAACGAUCAAAGGUAAAUUUGGAUGUAAGUACUGUACUGCCCUUUAGUUUAUCUAAAUUAUGAAGUAUUUGUUUAUACUUUUAAUAAUUACUUAAAAUUUAGGGCCUUUUCUACACACUUUACAUUUUGAAAACAUUCUGUCUAAUGUGUCUCAAGAUGUGAAGAGUGUAUUAAGGAUGGUAAUUUCGGCCGUAAUCUGAGCCAUCCAUAAGUGACAAUGCACAUGAUUGGGUCAUGUACAUUGCCUGCAGGCGACUCUAAUGCAAGAUAUAACUAUUAUAGAUUAAUAUUGAAAAUGUAAUAAUUAAUACAAAGUGACUCAAGUAACACAAAUUAUACAUUGUAAAAUUUUAAUUUCUUUUCGAUUCUUUACUAAUUGUUAAAGAAAAUAAUAUUUCCAAUGUGAUGCAUUGUUAAAGAGACAAUUAUUAUUUAUUAUCUUAUGCAUUUUUAAAACAGGCACUUACCUUGCUCUAUCAUAAGAUGUCCCCAAAAGCCAAACUAUCUUAAUUAUUCAGGAUGUAAAUCAUUAUCUGGAUUUAUUUUAUCAAAAUUCUGUGGAACUGCCAUUAUUGUUAUUAUGACAGUGAAUCUAUAUUUUCUACCCUUAUUUUUUUAUUUAAAAGACCAAUUAUCUGUGAUUUAUAGUGAUAUUGUUAAAUAUUUUCUUUUUUAAAUCAGUUUCUGUUGUAUUUAUAUAUUUUUUACAGUAUUACAUAUUUAUUUAAGUGUGUCAUAUUUAUAUAUAUGUCAAUAAGCAGUAACCAUUUAUCAAACACUGAAAUAUUAUCACAAUAUAUUGUCAAAAUGUUAUCACAUCCAUUAAUAGUUAAAUGAUUAAAUUUGAGUUCUACCUUGUCA